UCGAUAGCCAUUAUGUCCUGCGCUGACGUUGUCGAUCCUUCGCUAUAAAUGCUACUCGCGACGGGGCGUCACACUCAUAACACAAUCGUUCGAGACGUUCAACGACACUAUGAAGCUUCUAAUAGCGAUAGCACUAGCGUGCGUCGUCGGGCUCGCCCACGCUCGCGCCCAAAGCAAGUACACCGACAAAUGGGACAACAUCAACGUCGACGAGAUCCUCGAGUCCCAGCGACUCCUCAAGGCCUACACCGACUGCCUCAUGGACAGGGGCCGCUGUACCCCUGACGCCAAGGCCUUGAAAGAAACACUCCCUGACGCCUUAGAAAAUGAAUGCUCCAAAUGCACAGAAAAGCAGAAACAGGGAUCCGAGAAGAUCAUCAGGAAUCUUGUCAACAAACAUCCUGAUAUUUGGAAGGAACUGUCGAGCAAGUUCGAUCCUGACAACAAGUAUACUGAGAAGUACAAGGACAAGUUGGAGAAAGUCAAGCAAUAAUUAUAUUUCAGAGUCAUGGUGAUAGUCCUUUAGGUACGAGAUGAUGAGCGUUUGAUUUGGAGCGAUUUUUGUACAUUUUAAUAAACGUCAUUGUACCUGA